UACAGAACAAACACUGAAAGACUUGACCGUGCUUUGGUGGGAGAAAGUAAAGCUGGGAAACACACGAACGCGAGGAGAAGCACCCGGAGCGAAAAUAGAGCGACACCGGGCGGGAAAAUCAAACCAGGAGGAGGAUGGAGGCGAAACGACCAGUUAAACGGUCACUAAAUUUGGAAAAAAAGGAAGAUGAAGCAACACCUUGCAAGAAGAACCACAAGGUUUCCAUUGAAAGAUUUUCCCCAGUUACUGGAACUCAGUGUCUUAGCCCUUUUACCCCCAGGGGCACACAUUGUAGAGCAAGAUCUGAUGUUGCUGAAUCAAAUGUGGAAAAGUCUAAAACUUCCACAAGAGGGCAUCUGUAUGCAGCCCAGAAAGAGCUAAAUGCUUUGAGGUCAAAAGUGGAGAAGUCUGUCUUGGUUAUCAAAGCAACCAGGGAGAAGUUGAGUGCUCUGCAGGCUUUAGAGGGCAGAAAAGAGUUUGAAUAUUUCCUUGGUGCCUGUAACAAGUCAGGGGAUCUGACUGCUGAACUCCGAAAAAAUAGAGAACUCAUGGAAAGAAGAAGCAACCAAGCUGCUAAAGUUCAGUAGAACUGAAUAUGUAAUUCUUCUUAAACUGUUGGCUUUUCAUUGUAUAAAUCAAGGCUACAUAGGUGCCUUGAUAAUUUUCUUUUUUUGGUAGUCUUUCUGUUAAAUGUAAUACAAUAAUAUACAUUUCAAA